AUGGUCGCCUGCGAUGUUGGAUACUUACUCUCACAGCUGUCGCUGCAGGAGAAGGUAAGUCUGCUGGCAGGGGCUGAUGGGUGGCAGACCCAAGAGGUUGCAAGACUAGGAAUAGGAUCGCUGAAGACGACGGAUGGCCCUUGUGGUGCAAGGGGCAAGUCCACCGUCGAUGGUCCAACGUCGGCCUUACUUCCAGCUCCCGUCGCUCAAGCUGCAACCUGGUCCACCAAGGCUGUGAGGGCUAUUGGCAGACUGUUGUGCGAAGAGGCAAAGACAAAAGCCGCCCAUGUGCUUCUGGCGCCUACGAUAUGCUGCGCUCGCAACCCACUAGGCGGAAGAAACUUCGAAUCAUUCAGUGAAGACCCCUUGCUUAGCGGUAAGCUGGCAGUCGAAUACAUUAGCGGCCUUCAGGAAUCGGGAGAAGUUGGUGCAACGGUGAAGCAUUUUGUCGCCAACGAACAAGAAGAAGGACGUUUCAUUAUUAACGUGAACGCUAGCGAGCGGACCCUGAGAGAGAUAUAUCUGCGUCCAUUUGAAAUGACUGUCAAGUCAGCAAAUCCACCAACUUGCGUUAUGACCGCCUACAACUGCGUAAAUGGUCUCCACAUGGACAUGAACCGCAAACUUCUUACGGAAACUCUUCGAAACGAAUGGGGUUUUGAUGGGGUAGUCAUGAGUGAUUGGGGAGGAACAAAUUCUAUGGCAGAGAGUCUGCUGGCUGGGCUUGACCUGGAAAUGCCAGGACCUGCUGCGCACCGUGGGGCCAACCUUCUUGCUCAUCUGCAGAAGGCACCAGACGAAGAAAUUCUUAAGGCAAUCGAUGCCUCAUGCUCUCGGGUGCUGCGACUGUUAAGAGGGAAGAAUUUGCUCGGCCUGUCUGCAACUGAGGUCGUGGAAUCUCGCAAUAGAACGGAGACGUCUUCGUACACCGACCUUGAUCAGCAAUUAUUGCGGUCGGUGGCAGCUGAUGGGAUAGUUCUCCUGAAGAAUUCGAAGGAGAUGCUGCCACUGACUCCCGAUAAAAUUCAUGGCAAGAGAGUCGCAUUUAUUGGUCCCAACUCUUUCCAUGGAACACCAAGUGGCGGUGGCUCAUCGAACCUGAAUCAACACUAUCAGACCCAUCCUAUGGAGGCAUUCAAAGCUAUAACGGCAAGUUUGGAUAUUAAAGUCGAUGUCGAGCAUUCCCCCGGUGCAUUUAGCUACAAGUACCUUCCUUUAGCAUCUAAUGAGCAAUGGCAUUCUCCGCGGCGGCUCCCCGGAAUGCAACAAAAGCACAUGCUCCGCCUCGACUUUUUUGCAUCGACAGACUUUUCCGGGCCAAUUCUGGAAACUCAGUACCGCAACAGUUCUAAUAUCGAUCUUUCUGACACCGCACCCGCUGGGCUGUCCGAGAAAGGAGAUCCAUAUUCCUUUCGUCUUUCAACUACGGUUACGCCAAAGUCUUCUGGAAUGCACGAUUUCGGUAUAGCGAGUGUUGGCAAUGCUCGACUCUAUGUGAACAAUGAUCUUCUCAUUGACAACUAUGAUUGGUUUGGUCCUGCCGAAACAUUUUAUUGUUUUGGCAGCGCGGAGAAGCGAGGGAAGCUGUAUAUGACUGCUGGCCGUUCAUACGAGGUCCGCAUCGACUCGUCUUCCAAACUCUCUGUGAAGCCAGAUUCCAAUCAAUCCGACGCCAACUAUGUCUAUGGCAUUCAACCUAGCGUACGGUUUGGUUUCCUCGAGCAGCUCCCAGAGAAUCCGAUUGCAGAUGCUCUUGCUCUUGCCCAAAGGAGCGAUAUCACAAUUCUCGUCCUUGGCUUAAAUGAGGAUUGGGAGGGCGAAGGCCACGAUCGUACCACAAUGUCCCUCCCCGGGAAACAAGACGCGCUUGUGCAAACCCUCCUCAGGUCUGUCUCCCAUCCUGAAAAUGUGGUCAUUGUCAAUCAGUCAGGAUCACCCGUAGAGAUGGAUUGGGAAACUGAGGCCAGCACCAUCGUCCAAGCAUGGUAUGGUGGUCAGGAGGCUGGUAACGCUCUCUGCGAUGUUCUCAUUGGUAGGGUCAAUCCCUCAGGUCGACUUCCCAUCAGCUGGCCAUUCAAAUACAGCGAUAUGGAUUUCCAGAGGUUUAAGCACACGUGGCCUGGGGUAGAUGGACAAGUCGACUAUGCCGAAGAGACACUUGUCGGAUAUCGCUGGUAUCUUCAUGAAGGGGUCAAACCGAGAUACUGGUUCGGCUAUGGCCUUGGAUACUCGACUUUCAACAUCUCCAACCUUGAGACGUCGGAGACAACCUCAGGAUGGGAUCUUACUGCAGAAGUCAGCAAUACCGGAAAGACGGCCGGCCAGGAGGUUGUUCAGCUGUACUCAUCCCUCCUCGGUGGUGCUGGGGUCCGGGAACUCAGAUCGUUUGAGAAGACAGGCACCUUGGCCGCGGGCGAAAUGCGUACAGUGACUCUGGGUCUCGAGAAGAGGGGCCUGGCGCACUGGGAUGGAAGAUGGAUUACAGAGAAAGGCGUCUAUCUUCUGGAGGUUGGAAGGAAUGCCGGCGAUGAAAAUAUGCUGAUGGCCGAGGUGAGCGUUGACGAACGGCUAGAAUGGUGA